GAGGAGCGCAGCGGACGGAGGGAGGAAGGAGGGGAGGUCCACUCCGGCUCCCUCAGCCAAUCAAGGCUUGUCACAGGGGACUCACGUGGACGAGGCGCUCUUAAAACCUGCUCCUGACUUUUCCUCAAGUUCAAUUUUUUGGGAUUCCCUCCCACCCCAGCCGCAUCAAGUCGCUUUUACUUCCCCAGUUGUCACUAUUUAACCUGCUUUAUCGCUCCUUUUUUUCUCCGCUUCCUCUUCCUCCUUUCUUCCUUCAUUUCUUCCUUUCUUCUUUCCUCUCUUUCUUCCUCUCUUCCCACAGCUGCUCCGGAUUCUCCUGUCGCUCCACUUCCAGCUCUUUAAAGCCCGUUUUUGAAACCCGCUUUAGCUGCCCACAGGAAUGCCGCUGAACCGAGUCCAGCGGGAGGACGGUUCCUGUCCAUGGUGCUGAAAACUGCGGAGCGUUUCCUCUUCCUCAAGACGAAUCGAUUGCUGCACCAGCUGCGUUAUUGAUCGCCGACCACAAGAAAAUCGGAUAAGCGAACUGUUUUCAUUUGAAUUUUUAUCUGGAACUAUUUCCGUCGACCGAUCCGGUAGGAGGACUGGAAGUAAAGCGGAUGAAAAUAAGCAACAGCGGCGCGUUUUCCGGAGAAGUCCGAACAUAGUCCAGCUUUCCUAGAGUAAAACUUGCACCUGAAACCAAAUGGUAAUUUAAAAGAGAGAUUAAGAAAAAAACCCGGCCUCAUCGGAACAAUGGAGGCGUCCACCAAUGGGUCCAGUUUCGGCAUCGACUCGCUGCUGUCCCACCGGCCGGGGAGCCCGCUGUCCAAGGCGGACGGCCUGCUGCCGGGGGAGUGCCGCUCGCCGCUGGAGUUCAGCCCCAGAUCGGACGUGGAGAGCGGCUGCUCGUCGCCUCCGUCGCCCCGCAGGGAGUGCGUGGAGGAGGCAGCCCAGAGGCAAGUGCACAGCGCGGGGCUGCCGCCGCACCUGCAGCACGCACAGAUCUCUGCGGGCGCGCAGCAGCGGACCGUCACCUCCUCCUUCCUCAUCAGGGACAUCCUGGCGGACUGCAAGCCGCUGGCCGCCUGCGCGCCCUACUCCAGCAACGGCCAGCCGACGCAGGAGGCCGGGCGGCUGGCCGCCAAGAUAGCGGACGAUUUCAUCGAAAAGAUCCACAGCAACUCCUCAUCGGACAGCGAGUAUAAAGUGAAAGAGGAGGGGGACCGGGAGAUCUCCAGCAGCAGGGACAGCCCCCAGGUCCGGCUGAAGAAGCCCCGCAAGGCCCGGACGGCCUUCACGGACCACCAGCUGGCGCAGCUGGAGCGCAGCUUUGAGCGCCAAAAGUACCUGAGCGUCCAGGACCGGAUGGAGCUGGCGGCCUCCCUCAACCUCACCGACACGCAGGUCAAGACCUGGUACCAGAACCGGAGGACAAAGUGGAAGCGGCAGACUGCGGUCGGGCUGGAGCUGCUGGCGGAAGCUGGGAACUACUCCGCCCUGCAGAGGAUGUUCCCGUCCCCGUAUUUCUACCCGCAGAGCCUGGUGUCCAACCUGGACCCCGGGGCGGCCUUGUACCUGUACAGGGGCCCCUCGGCGCCCCCGCCGGCCCUACAGAGACCGCUGGUCCCGCGGAUCCUCCUGCACGGGCUGCAGGGGGGCGGAGAGCCGCCGCCGCCCCCGCCGCCUCCUCUACCCCCCAUGUCCGGAGUGCUUCCCCGGCCUGCGCAGCAGCGGUGAGCCGGGCCCCCUGCUGAGUUUUUAUAGACCAAACUGGACCCGCUUUGAGCGAACAGGACAAAAUAAAGAGAAAACGAUCAACAGUUAGGGCCUUUAUGGGACAAAACUGGACGGAACCGAGCCGAAAAGACUCUAAACGGACUUUUUGUUGUUUUUGUUUGUCUUUGUGAGACAGAAGCUUUAUUUAUAAUGUAUUUAUUUUUCAGAAGGCAAUAAAGCCUUUAAGUUAAGUAUUUAUUUACACCCAGUUUCAGUAUUCGGGCUCCGGUAUUUGACCUCCAGCCAAUUUAUUAUUAUUAUUAUUAUUAUUAUUAUUAUUAUUAUUAUUAUUAUUAUUAUUAUUAUUAUUAUUAUUUACAGGUAAAAUGAUCAAACUUUUCUGUCUGAAUAAAAAAAGUAGUUGUAUCAUCCAAAGGAACAAUAUUUUUUUGUUUUUUCAUUCAUCCGAGUCGUUAACGUGUAAAUAAGAAAUAAGAGGACUUUUUUUCUUCGAUUGUUUGCUACUCGGUCCAGUUUAAACCGAACUGGUGCGAUAAUAAAUAUUCGGAUGGACUGGAUGUUUGGAUCCACAAACUUUGGCUCUUGCUGACUUAAAUAUGUCAAAUUAUUUAUAUCUAAAACGCGGUUUUAGCCCCCCAACAGAUUUUAAUGCUUCACCUCGGUGAGGCCUCAUUUUGUAUUUUUAUCGAUAAUCGAUUAAUCAGGCUUGGGCCCCGAGCUCAGGUGGAUUUGUUGACGUUGUGCAUCAUUUCUGUUAUUUCAUAUGAAGCUGUGAUAAUAACUCCGUACUGUUCCGACUCUCCUUUAUAUUGGUGAACAUGUAUAUUGCAGAUAUCAACCUUGUGGAGUGAUUUUGGUAAAAUUACAUUUCCUGGAUUUUAUUCGAUUUGUUCCCUCUUUUUUUUUUUUUUUUUUUUUACAUUUUGGUUUUUUGAAAGACGUUUCCUCCCAGAAAGUGGUGAAGUUUAUUUUUUAUUUUAAGUGAAGUUCACAGCAAAGGUUGGACUGAUUCAAAAAAGAAAAAAAAGAAAAACAAAAGGGGGGAUUUGAUGUAAAAAAGAAUUACUUUUAUAAAUGUGGAAAUAAAAAAAAAGAUGUCUUUCAUUUAAUGCCGUGAAAAGCCUUUGGAGUUUAGUGGGGAACAUGGAGGGGAAUCAACAUGUGGAUUCAGGAACAAUAUGUUUACUGCUGAUACAUGAACAUUUGUUUAAAUUCUUCCAAGCGCAAAAUCUGGAUUUAUGUGAACUGAACAACAAAAAUCUGUGUGAAUUUUAAACAAUUCGGUGUCUUUUCUCGAAGAUGGCGUCCACUCUCCCCGCCUACAAACAGCAGCGACUCCGACCCGUUGUCCAUAAACAAUGCAGGGAGCGGCAUGAAAUAUUAAUGCCAUUCGUCGCAAUUGUUUAAGUGCCUUUAAAUGAUCCCCAUUUUGGAAAAUUGAUUGUUUCCAUCCGCGUGUGGUUCCUCCUUGAGAGGCUGCUGGAUGCGCGCUGCGGUGCCAAGCGGCUCCAACAGCUGGUGACCGGGCUGGAGCUGCCGGCAGACCGGGGAUCAGAGCCGGGACAGCUGGUCAGCGGCGGCCCCAAACCCCCCGGCCAAGCCUGAGCGCAUCCACACGAUCCCUCCGCGACGCGUCAGGGGUUAAAGGAGUUCAGGCUGACGGACAAGGCUUGGCGAGCAGGAUGUUAACGACGAGACAAAAGACCUUAAUAGGUUUUAAUUGAAAGUCGAUAAUGGGUUUGAUAGCCAGCUCCCCCUGCUGUCAGCCGCGCAUGGCACCUGUUAUCUGGGAGUCCCGCUCCUCCUCUCGGCGGCUGAUCCGGCCGUGAAACAUCAAACUGACGGCUGGAGAACUUGCGCUUUUAUCAGGCGGAAAAUUGCAUUAAAAACGCAGCGAACUGCGCCAGGUUCUGGCCAGUCUGGGUCAUGCAUGACGCUUCUUACUUACAGUAAAAAGAAGUUCCCAACAGGACAUAAAAAUGCUCCAAAGAGCACGAUGGAGAACCAGCAGACAUGUUUAUAAUGGGUUUAUUUGACAAAGGAAGUCCGAUAACGUCAAUAGUGACCAAAGCGUGGACCAAUCAGGAUCGACAAACAAUCCUGCAAAAGCAAACCACUACAGCCAACGCUUAUCAAACAAGGGAAACAGAGAAAACUCAUUUAAAAACUAAAUUAAAUAAAUAAGACGAAACAAACCAUUAAAGUCCUAUAAUUUUUAAUAUACAUUAUUUUAUAACUUUAGAAUUAAUUAAUUCCUAUUAAAGCACUUUGAACUGCCUUUAAAUGUGCUACAAAUAAAAUCACCUUUACCGAUUAUUAUUGAUUUUAUUUUCCAGUUUGAUGAUUUGAGAUUAAAGUUAUUGGUUCA